AUGGAGGAAACAGGACGUUGUAAAUCCCAAAAAAUUAGACUUCAAUACCUUCCUAAAAAUCAAUAUGACACAAUUAAUAAUAAACCUCAGAUUAAGCGAAGGCUUAAUUCUAAACAGAAAUAUGGGAAUAUAAUUAAAUUUGAUAAAAAGGGUAAACAAAAAGAACAAGGUUCAAUGGACCUACCCCAUCGACCUUUGAAUGGAAACAUAAUAGAUUCGCCAAGCUCACCAAUUGGAGAAGAAAUUUCCGAGACGAAUGAUAUCAACGAAUAUCCUGCUCCACUCCACGAUGAUCUUUAUCGUUAUGCGUAUUUUG